GAACUGACAGACUCAGUCACUGAAGAGGGAAAAGGAGUGAGAAGACAAAGCCGUCAAAGCCCCAACAGCUUUGUAUUUCUCCAGCCCGGCGCAGACCCCGGAGCUCCCGAGGCACUCCCUCCAUCUUUGGAACACGCCAGUAAUUGAUUGAUAACAGGAAGCUAUGAGGGACCCUGUGAGUAGCCAGUACAGUUCCUUUCUUUUCUGGAGGAUGCCCAUCCCAGAACUGGAUCUGUCGGAGCUGGAAGGCCUGGGUCUGUCAGAUACAGCCACCUACAAGGUCAAAGACAGCAGCGUUGGCAAAAUGAUCGGGCAAGCAACUGCAGCAGACCAGGAGAAAAACCCUGAAGGUGAUGGCCUCCUUGAGUACAGCACCUUCAACUUCUGGAGAGCUCCCAUUGCCAGCAUCCACUCCUUCGAACUGGACUUGCUCUAAGGCCAAGACUUCUCUCUCCCAUCACCUUGCCCUCAUUGUCCUCCCUCUCAAGCCCCUUCCUUUCCACUCCUUUCCCAUUUUAAUCUUGUUCUCUCCCUACUGUGUUGGUGGUGCUGAUGAAUCUGCCAGAGUUGAGUUCUAUGUAUUUAUUUAUCUAUCUGUCUACUCCAUUUCUCUCAAAAGCCCUCAAGUCACAAAGUAAAUGGUUCAAGCAAUGGAGUACUGGGUCACAGGGAUUCCUCCUUUCCCCCCCAAAUAUUAACUCCAGAAACUAGGCCUGACUGGGGACACCUGAGAGUAGUAUAGUAGUGCAAAAUGGAAGACUGAUUUUUGACUCUAUUUUAAUCAGCUUCAGAGAUUCCUUAAACCUUCCUAAUUUCCUGCUCCAGGGCAGUAAACACAAAUAUUUCUUCAAGGGGUGAUGAAAACCUCGGAAGUUUUAAUUUGAGGUUAUCUGCUACGAAACAGUAUUUCUAAAAGGCUAAAGUGAUAAGUCUCUUGCUUUUUUUUGAUCCUGCUCUUAUAUUCUUUUUUUUCCUCAGAGAAAUCAGGAGGGUAGUUAGAGGUAUAAAACAGGAGGAAAUAUUAUGGAAAAUGAAAAUAGGGAAAAUAAUUGAAUCAUUUUAGAAGUAGCUAAUUUCUUUUCUCAAGAGUGUCCCUUCUUCAAACCUACUCACUUUACAACUUUGCUCCUAACUGUGGGUUGAAAACUCUAGCUAAAGAAAGUUAUCAAAUCUUAACAUGCAUUCCUACUAUUAUGAUAGUUUUUAAGGUUUCAAUUCAGUCUUCUGAACGGCAUAAGUCCUAUUUUAGCCUUACCUCCUGCAUUUGCAAUACGUAAUACUGAUCAGUGGGCACAGUUCUUCAGCUACAUUGAGACCCUGAAAUGAACAAUUAUAUUCUGACUCGACAUCUUGUCCCCAAUCCUUCCAAAAAUAUUGAUGGUGAUUUGUGCUACCAUUUACUCCUUUAUUUAAUAAAGACAUUCAAUCCCA